AUGGCCGAAGACAAGCCCAAUUGCAAGGUCGUCCUUGCCAACAACAUUGCCAAAAGUCUUCUGGAGGAAGUGAGAGAUGGCUUGAGCAAGAUUGAGCGAAAGCCGCUCCUUGUCGGGUUCCUUUCGAGCUCCGAUCCCGCUGCUCGUGUAUAUGCUGAGUGGACAGGCAAGACGUGUACUGAAAAUGGCUUUGCUUUCGACCUCCGCGAAGUCGACCGUGAACUCCUCGAGGACGCCCUCAUCGAUGCGAACAACGACGACAAGAUUGUCUCCAUCGACAAGGACGUUGAGGGUUUGUCGCAUCGCUACAUUUUCAACAUGUACCAGAACAUUCGCUUCUUGGACCCGGCGAACACCAAGAAGAGCAUAUUGCCAUGCACACCGCUGGCCGUAAUCAAGAUUCUUGAGUACUUGAGGAUAUACAACACCAUUCUCCCAUAUGGCAACAGGCUGCACGGACGCACAAUUACCGUGAUCAACAGGAGCGAAGUCGUUGGAAGGCCACUGGCAGCGCUGCUAGCGAACGACGGCGCCUGCGUGUAUAGCGUCGACAUCAGCGACGUCCAAGAAUUCACAAGAGGAGUCGGCCUCCGAAAGCGGAGACACGAAGUCGUCGACAAGCCUGGCUGGACUUUGGACGACUGCUUGCCGCUCAGCGACGUAGUCAUCAGUGGAGUACCUGGCGACAAGUACAAGGUCCCACUAGAGAAGAUGCGGGACGGGGCUGUAUGCAUCAACUUUUCCAGCGAGCGCAACUUCACGCCUGAGGUCAAAGAGAAAGCUUCAAUAUACGUACCUGCCAUCGGCAAGGUCACCAUUGCGGUACUGUUGAGGAAUUUGCUAGUAAGUCUGCAGUCAAUCGGCAUUAGAACCCGCUAA